UGGAAAAACCACUUUGACGAACAGACUCAUACAGGCUUUGCCAAACUGUUGCGUGGUACACCAAGAUGACUUUUUCAAGGUAAGCCUAUGUCUGACUGUUUUUUUUUUUUUAAAUCGUAGUACGUAUCGUCCGUAUAGAAGCCAUAACGUUACACGCUAAUGUUUUGCAACUGCAUUGCUUUCUCGCUUAUCCGCCUAUGUUACGGUGCAUGGUUACCGUGGGUCAGGGGUAGCCAGGACGGAUAUGGGGCGAAUGUACUGUGCAACUCCUUGCCCAUUGGCAGCUGUCUUUCUGUUUUAAGGUUACUGUAUGAACUUAAGCUUUUAUCAAUACCAAAAUGGCUCUUUGAAAAUUGCAGUACUUACAAUGAUCUAAGGGACACGUUCAGAUUAAUUUCUGUACAAAACCAUGUACCGUACCUGGGUAGCUAAUGGUGAUUAGCUUAUACUGUGCUUGGCUCAAUAUUCGCAACUCACAUGCAUGGCAUCAGAUCGGUAGCUGAAGCAGCGCAAGUUAACAUUGUCUGAAUUCAGCUGGUGGCUGUGGGGUAGACAGUAGACGUGUUGUCGCCUUCUCACUAACAGAGGCUCCGGUUGCAAAUGUUGCACGAUAUCGACACUGUUACUUCCUGUGCGAGAGAUGCGGUUCUGCCUGGCACACGCAGAAUACUGACCGGUUGAGGCCAGAUCUCGUAUGGUUCUCAAAAUAUAUAUGAAAUGUGACAUUUAAAAAUGUUCACAUAUGACGUGUGAUCUAGAGAACCACUUAAAUGCUUUCCUUUUCCCCUUUAAUAACUCUCCAUGUGUCAAUGACCACGAUGACCCAAACUGUAUUGGUAAAAGACAUACCAUAAUCUAACGUUUAUUUAAUUUAAUGGCGGUUGUGUUACAGAACCAGUCAGCACAAGCUGCCGUAUUUCAGUCCCGAUAGACGAAACGCUUAGCAUUGCUGCUAGCGGCCACCCCGUAUGCUUUCCCGCUGUAAUGUGCUGGCAUGCCUUUCUGUCGCUGGCUCUGUGUGUGUGUGCGCGCUUGGCUUGUGUUCAGGGUGUGAUCGGCGCUACUGGUCACCCUGAGGUUGCAGCCGUGUUUUAUUGGUCACUGUUAUUUCAGCCACAAGAUCAGAUAGAGGUCGGGGAGGACGGCUUUAGGCAGUGGGAUGUGAUCACAGCUCUGGACAUGGAGGCCAUGGUGAACACAGUCAAAGCCUGGAUGGAGAACCCGGUGAAGUUCGCCCUCUCUCACGGGGUCACGAUGGCGCCCGUGUCAGAGGGCGUGGAUCCAGAGACACAGGUCCACAUACUCAUCGUGGAGGGCUUCCUUCUUUACAACUACAAGCCACUGGUUGACGUGUAUGACAAGUGCUACUACAUUUCCAUCCCGUACGACGAGUGCAAGAGGAGACGAAGCACGAGGAAGUACACAGUUCCUGACCCCCCUGGUCUGUUUGAUGGCCAUGUGUGGCCUAUGUAUUUGAAACACAGGGCUGAGAUGGAGAGCAACUGCAUGGCUAUUGGGUAUCUGGAUGGGUUGAAAUCAAAAGACGAAAUCUACAACCAGGUGUUUGAAGACAUCCAGAAUACACUGUUGAAUCGUUUAUAGUAGGAGCUGUCCACCCCUGAAGACAUGUGUACAGAAUUGUAAAUAGCAUUUUUAGUUGCAUAGAACUGAUACCUGUUAG